GUUUGUUCAAGCUUUACAGAACCGCGUGGUUCAAAGCUGUUUCUUCAGGAUGUUGGUUGGUUCGGAUUUUCAGGAGUCUCGGUUGAGGGCAAUAGUCGGUAUGUCUUCUAUAUCAGCAGAUUGGAUAAAAUUAGAAGUACUACAGAACCUUUCGAGAGUGGGAAUUAUAAGAAGGCACUGCAAGAGGCAAAUAAAGUUCUCAAAAAAACACCAAGCUGCACGUCAGCAAAGGCACUCAAAGCAUUAACACUUCAUAGAUCAGGAAAGGUUACCGAAGCUAAUCUGUUAGCUGAUGAACUCAUUAGGUCAUACCCCGUUGAUGAAUCUACUCUUAAUGUCAUCAUGUGUUAUUUCCGGAAAACUGGACAGAGCGAAAAAAUAGCUGAGUUCUUAAAAAGUUCCCUAGAGAAGUCACCCAACAGAGAAGACUUGCUGGUCUGUUUGUUCCUUCACCAUGUUCAGGAAGGGAACUUUUCUGCACAACAAGCAACUGCUAGGCUUCUUUCACAAAACUUCCCGUCGACUUCGUUCAACUAUUGGGUUAUAAUGAGCACAAUAAUGCAGGCCGAAUCAGAUCCUAUAAUGGGACACCGUAUGUAUUUGCCACUGGCGGAGAAAAUGUUAACCCGAGAAGCAGAAAGCGGAAAAAUGUCUAGACAUUCUGAGCUUCAGGUGCUAAUAGAUCUACUUACUCGCCUUCAAAAGCAUGAGGAAGCCUAUAAGCUUCUAUGCCGAAAAGAUAUAACAGAUCGUAUCGAUACCGAGGACUACAUUUGUGAUUACUCUUGUAUGAAGCUUAGUUUGUUAGCUCAUUUGGAUAUCUGGGAUGAUCUUUACGAGUUAUCGAAAUCCCUGACGAAAAUCAACCCGGACGAUUGGACACCAUGGAAGAAACUAGUUGAAGCGGCUUUGAAGGACACGCAGCGGGUGGAAAAGGUUAUGUCACUAAUCAACAUUGCUAUAGAGAAUCAUCCUUGUGCUCGUGGUCCGCAACUGGCGCGCUUGGAUUUGUAUGCAAAUCUGUUGCAGCUGGGAAUGCAUGAUGUUUGUAAUCUUAACCCCCUGACAUUCAUGAAGGAUUACUUUAACGCAUUCUCUCAUAAGCCUAUAUGUUCUAUGGAUUUGGCCUACCUUGUGCGUAUGGUUUUACCAAACAUGGAUGAUCAAAUCAAGUACAUUGAUUUUAUUAUGGAGGUCGCUGAGACUGAUCCGAAUUUCACAAACAAAGACGACAAGACAAUCUAUCGUCAUCUAUGCGCUCAUCAGAUAGCACGUGCUAAUAAUCAAGGAGCUUCUUUACAGUCUUUACUUCGUUAUUACUUUGGCUAUGCUGCAGAUCGUAGUGAAGCUGUUUUAAAGAAAUUAAAAGAUGUUACCAUUAAUAAUGAAACAACCUCUCUUGACAUUCACCCAGUUGAUGGAUUUUUACUGUUAUCUUUGUCCUCGCUUUUGGAAACAUCCUCUCUGACUGAUGAUUGUUUAUUUUCCUUCGGGGCUGGACUUCUCUCUGUUUACUGGAUAUACAUAGUGGGAUUACAGCACGCAACUACAAACCAUCAUUUGCGUAUAAAACUUUGUCACUUAUAUUGUUCAGAUUUUCUAAAUUGUCCUGAACUUAUAUUACCUCAGUUAGAUAAACUUGAAAUCAAACAGUUGCUUUUUCUUUCAUUAGGGCAUUUAAUCGUAAAACCGUCUCCAUUAUUGGCCAUGUGUACAAGUGUACCGCCUAUACAGUCACAGGUUGAUGAUAGUAAUCCGAUACAUAGCCUUUAUCAAAAGAUUAUAACACUUUCCGACAGUAUAGUCAACGAAGCUGAAGAGUUUUUAGUUACUGCUUAUCGAAAAAAUGCCUAUACAAAAGUUCGUGAAUUCACACAGUUUGUCAGCCAGCUUCGUAAUGCUGAUAUAUUUUUAACUGUCCGUGUUGAAAUGCUUCAUUGGCAGUUAAUUAUUUCACAAUCUGACUUUGAUACACUACUCGAACAACUUGGACAAGCACAAACAAGUGUUGAUAAUGUUUCGAAACAACUUGCGACGAUUGUUGAUUGCCGGGACUUUUCAGUUACACCUAACUUUGAUCAAUAUGAACAACAUGAAAACGUUCAAUUGUCAUUUGACCACUUGAAAUCAUGGUUGAACCUUCGCUGUUUAACUCUCAAUACUAUUGUCUAUGCAACAUCACUUGUAAUGUCAAUUGUAAAAGCUGAACACUAUAUGAUGUCUGAAAGUCAACAUGAAACUGUAGAGAAUGUUCCAUCAGAAGCUUUCAAAAGUUUAAACAAUCUGCUACCAACAUUGAAUGAUCUUGUUUCACAUACCAAAGAACCAUCCACAAGAGAACUAAGCAAUUUUACAUUACUAUCUUGGAGUGUGAUGGUAAAGCGUGAUCAAAUAAUCAAAACAUUUCCCGAUUUACCAAAUGUGUCUUGCGCUUCAUUAUAUUUUUACGGACCGUACCGAACUGUUUUAUCUGCCGGUAUUGAACUCAUAUUAGGACUUCAUAAUUUGAUUUUCGAAAACCCUCCUACCUUCACUGAAAGGUCUAUGAACUGUCUUCUCCAGUCCUUGUAUGAAUCCUUUUUGUCCGGAAAGUUGAAUUCUGAAAAUACGGACAUGCCAAAGAUGUAUCCAGCUAUAAAUACUUCGCUACUGUUUUCACCAAACGACCUUCAUUUGCCUAACGGGAUUUCUAAUGAUAAUGAUUUGGUUCAUCCUGGUGGUAUUUUGUUAAUCCUAACGAUGUUUUAUGAAAGUAUUUCUUUGGCAACUUUAUUAAUAUCAAUGAUUCGAAGUGCCCUACGUCCAAGAAGCCAUUAUCAUCUUGAAAUAAAUAAACGUCAAAAGAGAAAAAACAAAAAAGACAAAACAAUGAACACAAAGUUAAACUAUUCUCCAAUUGUUAGUCUUUUAGAUCAUUUAGGUGCUGGUUUACAUUCGACUACAACACAAUUGGUGACUAUUACUGAUCAAUUAGCAAAAAUGACCGAUUCUUGGUCAACAUGGUGUCAUGAUGUUUCGUGCAAAGAAUUUCAAUCGAUUGCUUCAAAUGCUUGUACACAUGUACUGUCGGAAGAUUUCUUAGUACAGUAUCCUAUUUUAAAACCGUCUAAUUUUACGUUUGAAGAGAUUAGCAACACCUACGAGAAAAGCUUUAAUCGAAUUGCCGCUGGUCUUCGUGUGAAAUCAUGUCAUCUUCAGAAUAUAACAAAUGAAUUAGCUGUGUAUCAUUCUGAAAACCAUGAAAUGCCGUCUUCUCAUGAUCCAAUUCCUUUACCUUAGUAAAUUUCUGGUAGAAUUCUUUCCAUCUUAUCUGUGUCGUAUUGAGAAUGUGCACUUGUAACUUCUCUGACAAUUGUAUUGAUUUCAUUUGUAGUAUGUUGGAUAACAAAUGAACAUGUCUAAAAUAUACUUAUUUUUAGGUUAUGA